UUCGGGUUGGAGCAGUUAGUAGGGCGGAGCCGGACGACUGAAAGCGGCGGCAGUAGGGAUUCACAAUAAAUCGGCUCGAUGUCGGAGUCAGAAGGUGGAAGGCGGUUAAAGCUCACAUCAUAAGGGCGUUUCCCGCUCUCUUUGUGCCGUGAAUAAUUCUAAAUUCGGUCGUUGACGAGUCCGUCGCAUUGCGUGCGAAGAAAAUGGCGUCGGGCGGCGCUUGAGAAGGGCUUCAGUGCCGAAGAUAGGUGCUAGCUCUGGAAGUGAGAGCGCGGAUUCUCAAGGGGAAACGAGUGAGCUGUCCAACGCUUCUGAAAUGGAUUUUCUGAGGAACUUACUGUCACGGUCACUUGAUCUGCGGGAGCAACAACCCACAAAGAUCCUGGAAGAACUCAGUCUGGAAGGGAUAGCAAAGUACAUCCUGAACAAAAAAUGUGAAAAGAUUAUAUGCAUGGUCGGAGCUGGCAUAUCGACAUCGGCAGGAAUCCCUGACUUCCGCACUCCCAGCACCGGCCUGUACCACAACCUGCAGAAAUACGACCUGCCCUAUCCAGAGGCGAUUUUCGAAACUGGCUACUUCAAGCAACACCCGGAACCAUUUUUUGCAUUGGCGAAGGAACUGUACCCAGGGCAGUUUAAGCCCACAGUUUGCCAUUACUUCAUGCGGAUGCUGCGAGAUAAGGGAUUGCUGUUACGCUGUUAUACACAGAACAUUGACACCCUGGAGCGAGUAGUUGGGCUAAAGGACGAGGACUUGAUAGAGGCACAUGGGACAUUCUACACCUCUCACUGUACCAAUAGUGCGUGCAAGAAGCAAUAUAACCUGGACUGGAUGAAAACGCAGAUCUUCACAAAGCCGCUGCCAAAGUGUGAACAGUGCGAUUCUGUAGUGAAGCCUGACAUUGUGUUCUUUGGUGAGAGUCUCCCCCAACGAUUCUUUGCUACCAUGGAGUCCGAUUUUCCAAAAUGUGACCUCCUCAUCAUCAUGGGCACUUCCUUGCAAGUCCAGCCAUUUGCAUCUCUUGCCAGCAGGGUGUCUGACACAACACCCCGGCUUCUCAUUAACAAGGAAAUCACUCGUCAGAGCGACCCUGUGAUGGCCUUACUAGGACUUGGAACUUCCCUUGACUUUGACUCCGAAAGGGCUUACAGGGAUGUGGCUUACGUGGGUUCAUGUGAUGACGGCUGUCUUGCUCUCGCUGACCUGCUGGGCUGGAAGGAGGAGCUUGAAGACAUUGUGAAGGAGGAACAUGCCUUGAUAGACAGCAAAACUGAGGGUGCACAGGGCACAGCCAGCCCCAGAGCCCCAGAUGCAAAGAAAAGCUCGCCAGAGGUGGAGAGAAGCAAGCAGGAGGCAGACACCGAGGUGGAUAAGCCAGCUGGUUAAAAAGGUUGCCGGUCAGACAGAUCAUCGCAUAGCCCGGCCAGGUGGCUGUAAGUGGGGGAAAUGUCUCAUGCCCUUUAAUACCUUGUGUUAACUGAUUGGAGUGACUGUCCAGUUAUGGGACUGAAUCCCCCACUUCCUAUCUCACUUUCAACCUUGUAGCAUUUUACAGAUGAUUCUUGUCACAUUUUGCUACUCCACCACCAGAUGUCGCUGGUUUGCUUUUACUUUGUAGUUUUGAUUAUAGACAUCUAGUGGGGGUGGGCAAGUAUUGCUGUAAUCCUUUCGGACCAGAUGUAUCCAUAGCAAUCUGAACAAUGAGAGGUUUUUUUUCUAACCCUGCGUAAUCCUUGUGUGUUCAUUCCUCUAAAUCAAUCGGGGCUAAAUUACUGCUCUCUGGGAGCCAGCUUCACUCGAAAGCAGAAAAGUAUUUAAGAAAAACGCUUUUUGUUGGGUUUAGUUACAUUAACUGGAAGCUCUGUGUGAGAGAGAGAGAGAAAACGAUUGUCUGGCAAGUAUGAUUGAUGGAGAAAGGACCCAUGUAACUAAUUGGAUGGAAAAUGUCUCAGAAAUGCAGAGUGGUGAAGGUUAAACUUUAAACGCCUUAAAACUAACACCUUUCAAUCUUUCUCAAUGCAUAUCUACAGGUAAUAAUUAUAGAUGUAAAUAUAGAUAUCUAUGUAAUGGAUGGCAUGUUUCUGUUAUUAAGCUGUGAAAUAAAACUUCAAAUUAAUUCACUUUGA